AUGGGAUGCAUGUGGUUAUUUGAUUUGGAUCAUCCUCAGUUUUCCGUUCGACUGUUUUACUUUAUACCACCGUAUGCACACUUUUUCUCUUUAGAGCACUCUUUUUCCGUCUUCUUAUGUUCUCUACAGGUUCGGGUCAUGGAGUCUGUUUUGGAAACCAACGUGUCUUUCAAGGAAUCGGUCCUGGUAUCAUUAGAUAAUGCGAUUUCCGAACGAAAUCCCAAUGAAAUCAAACGUUUGCUCCUAUCUGAUGAUGCAGUGGCGCUAAUAACCGAUAAUCUCAGUGAAAUUGUGAGCUGUACAUGUAAAUGGAUAUGCAAACUGCACACUUCUGCUGGUGAUAAUGUCCUACUCUCAUUGGUGGAAUUUCUUGAGACUCUUUCCUUUCGGUUUGACGUGGGUGAAUGCUUGCUUCUAGUUACAGGGCAGCUGGGGUUAUUGCGUGGCAAACCCGCUUCCAUGUGGCUGUUGAAACCGCUUGCACACUGUGUGAUGGCGUCCGGUUUCACCAGAUUUUCCCGGAUAACCCCCGUCCUUGAUGAAAUUACCCAAAACCUGUCCCUCCUCACCAGUUCCGGCUCCCACUUACAACAUCUUUUUUCUUAUACCACUUCCGCUGUUGAUUUUUACACCCAUAUUUUGACGGGAUAUCCUUUUGGUGAGGUUGGUAAUAGAGACAGUUAUAUUUUAAGACAUAUUUUGUUCCUCUUCUCUUGCCCGUUCAUUCUUUUGUCCGAUGUACCCGGUAUUCAAGAUCUUCUACACCGGACUCUUCAGUUAAUACCCAAAUUGUGCUGUUGUUCACUGUACAAAUUUUUCAUAGAGUCAUACGAAGAACUGUGCCUUAGUUGCCCUCGUCCGGAUUCUAAUGGUACACCAGCCUUUAUUAUGCUCCCGGCGUGGUUGCGAAUUUUAUCGUAUUUAUUUUUCAACGUCACUCCACAUGUUCAUAACUUUUGGCCUCUAGUUUUCUCCCGUGAUUACCACUUUGUUCUAGCGUACGAUUUGUUAAGAAAUAUUCUCAAUGUGGACAAUCGUUCUAUGUUCCUCGAACCCAAUACGCAUGCUGUAUUCAAGCCUAUGUCUGACUAUGUUUACGACUCUGUUCAGUUAUAUGCAAUAAGUGUUCUCUUGAAACUGGUUUCAAUUUGCAAUCAUCCUCUCUCUUUGGCUUGGUGGACCGAGAAAAAUGUUAUUUUACUCGAUAUAUUGAAGCAUCUCGCUAUCAGACCGGUUUCUGGAGAGUCAUUGCCCAGGAUUGUCACCGAGGCAGUUGCAGCUGUUGACCGACUGUUGUCCCUAAGCACAUAUUCAGCACAGUUCCACUUGUUUUCUCGGCUCUUGAAACCGAAUCAUUCCCAGGAACAUCACGGUUGGCGCGGCCACCUCAUUACCGUUUGUAAAGAUUACAUUCACAAGGCCUGGAUGGAUUGCCUAGAACGUGACAUCAAGUCUGUCAUACAUGAUGAACGAGCACGUGGCGAAGAGGAGGUGACGCUACCUCUCCACACCAACACUUUGGGUCAUUUGUGCGAAUUGAUUUUCGUUUACCCAAUUCCAUCUUCCCGGGAUCCGCUAAUUGACCAAAGUAGUUGGGUUUUGGCUGCUUUGAAUAUGGCCUUGUUUCUUUUGAUAAGAUGCGACGCAGUGAGAAAUGACCCAAGGAAUUCAGUGGACUGCCAGUCUGUUUUAGAUGGCUUGCUCCGAAAGAGUGGGCUAGACUCACAUCUGUACGUCUCAUUCUUGCGGCCACUGAAUGCCGAACUGAGUACCGAAUUACAGCGGUACGAAGCGCAGAUACACGUUCUGGAGACGGAGUCCUCCAAGACAGAUUGUAACCAAAAGGAAAAAAGGCGGCUACUUGGACAGUUAGAUGUAGCAAACUCCACUAUGUUGCGCUUACGGCUGAUGCGGAUUACCUUGGAUCGCGUGAAUAAGGCUCUCAAGGACUGUUCAGUCACUUUCAGUGUAUAA